CUAUAACAUCUGAGCAGAACAGAGUACUCUUCUCCAUUGGAUCGCAAUGUUUCUCAAACCUUCAACUCGCUCUGCUCGCCAUCUGUUGUCUAGACCAAGAGCACCAGUUCAUAAAAGUCAACUACACAGGACAGCUCCCCUCAGAGCCUUCAGCACAACCCAAGUGGCCAACUUCCCCACCCCGUCAAGUGGUCUCCCAAAGCACGAAAUACAGUACUUCCCCGAUAUCUUGGGGGCUCUGCCUUCGCAAUCUGCUGAGUUUCGGAGGGUGUUUCAACUUGUCCUCAUGACCAUCCCGGUCGGUGGUGACAUUGGCGAAGAGAUCCACACUGUCGACCAAAUCCUAACCUUCACCUCGGGCACAGGGCUCGCCCAAGUCGGCCGCACCGAGCAGAAGUUCCUCAACACGGGGCCGACAUCGCUGUUGCUGUACACGGUGUACAGUCCUGCUGAGCAUAAGUCUACCACUGAAGAAGAGGAUGGAAUUGAUAAGGUGCCACCGAGGAGUCAGCGGAGCAAGGAGGAGAAUGAGGGGGACGGAUUGGUCAAGGGAGGGUGA